AACACACACACACACACACACGGGCACAGAGGCUUGAGAUAAAAGGUCGCCCGUGUGGCAGCUGCCCGCACAGCCGCCAUCGGAAAACAACAAGCAAGAUGGACUUUUUGUUUUCGGCCACGACGUGGACUCUCCUGGCGCUCUUCAUCGCGCUCCUCGUCAUCUACGGCUACUGGCCCUACAACACUUUCCAAAGACUGGGCAUCCCGGGACCCAGGCCGGUCCUGUUCUUCGGAAACCUGCUGAGCUACAGGAAGGGUUUCAUCCACUUCGACAUGGAAUGCCACAAGAAAUAUGGCAAAAUCUGGGGCAUCUUUGACGGCCGUCAGCCGGUUUUGUGCAUCAUGGACCCGGCCGUCAUCAAGACGGUGCUCGUCAAGGAGUGCUACUCGCUCUUCACCAACCGCAGAAACUUCCGUUUGAACGGGCCGCUGUACGACGCCGUCAGCAUCGCCGAGGACGAACAAUGGAAGAGGAUCCGAAGCAUCCUCUCGCCCUCCUUCACCUCCGGACGACUCAAAGAGAUGUUCGUCAUCAUGAAGCGUCACUCUGCCAACCUGUUGAGCAGCAUGAAGAAGAAGGCGGACCUCAAUCAAGCCCUGGACCUCAAGGAGUUCUUCGGCCCCUACAGCAUGGACGUGGUGACCAGCACGGCCUUCAGUGUGGACCUGGACUCCAUCAACAACCCCAGCGACCCGUUUGUCACCAACAUCAAGAAGAUGCUCAAGUUUGAUUUUUUCAACCCGCUUUUCCUCAUGAUAGCCUUCUUCCCCUUCCUGGGUCCGUUCUUCGAGAAGAUGGAAUUCUCCUUCUUCCCCGCCGCGGCCUUCGACUUCUUCUAUGCAGCGUUGCAGAAGAUCAAAUUCAGCCGUGAGAGCAGCGGGCGAGGGACUCGCGUGGACUUCCUGCAGCUAAUGAUUGACUCGCAGAAGAACCACAACUCUCCUGAAGAAGACAUGAAAAAAGGUCUGAGCGACCAUGAGAUCCUCUCUCAAGCCAUGAUUUUCAUUUUCGCCGGCUACGAGACCAGCAGCAGCUCUCUCAGUUUCCUGGCGCACAACUUAGCCACCAACCCUCACGUCAUGAAAAAGCUGCAGGACGAGGUGGACGCCACCUUCCCCAACAAGGCUGCCGUGCAGUACUCGGAGCUGAUGGAAAUGGAGUACUUGGACAUGGUGAUCAACGAGUCGCUCCGACUGUACCCCAUCGUCCAGCGUUUGGAGCGCGUGGCCAAGGCCGGCAUUGAGAUCAACGGCGUGGUCAUCCCCAAGGACAUGGCCGUCGUGGUGCCCACUUGGCCUCUGCACCGUGACCCCGACCUUUGGCCCCAACCCGAAAAGUUCCAACCGGAGAGGUUCAGUAAGGAAAACAAAGACUCGAUUGACCCGUACGUGUACUUGCCGUUUGGCGCUGGUCCUCGCAACUGCAUCGGGAUGCGCUUUGCAAUGGUCAGCAUGAAGCUGGCCAUUGUGGAGAUCCUGCAGCGCUACAACUUCUGCGUGUGCGACGAGACCGAGAUACCCAUCGAAAUGGAUGUGCAGGGCCUGCUGAUGCCCAAGCGACCCAUCAAACUGAAGCUGGAGCCGCGCUCGUGAAGCUCGAGAGGCAGGAAAUGGAAAAUGCUCGCUCAGAGACGGACAGUGGAGGCUCCUCAAUCUGGAAAUAUGUUGCCUUGCGACACGGCGUCAUCUGUUUAAUGGUGAGGCUGCCAUGGAAAAUAAAUGCAUCAAUCUCGAAAAUAU